UCUCCUAUAACCUGAUUGGCGUGAAAUAAACUUAUCGAAAAUUACCUGAUUUGAACUCUGUUGUUGUCUUCUUCCCCCAUACAUUAUUUGUUCAUAGUCUGUAAACAGUCUGGAAGUGUUAUGUUUACCAAAAUAAUUUUUUGUUUACUUAUCGAUAGAAAAAGAUAAUGAAUAAAAGCUAAGUGCCUGGUGGUAAACAGUGACAUCAAUGAUAAUUUUUAUUAUUUUUAUUCAAGUUGUUGCUGCUGAACAAUAGCUCAUGAUGGUACUCUUAAUUAUAAUACUUUUCGUUUGUGUGUGUGAUUCUGGGUUGGCGGUUAUAUUAGUUGACAGUUCCCAUACCAUAUCGGAAGAUACAUGGAAAUCCACCCCAGAAAUGAUUGUGGCUGCAGGAUAUCAAGUUGAGAGUCAUUAUGUCACUACAUCUGAUGGAUACAUACUGGGUGUGCACAGGAUACCACAAGGCAGAACUAGUGAGAGGAAAAAUGAAACUGUAUUGUUCGUUCACGGUCUGUUCUGUUCUUCAUCUGACGCCAUACUUUUUGGACCCAAAAAAUCACCGGGAUACUUCUUUGCUGACAAAGGAUACGAUGUGUGGAUUAUUAACGUUAGGGGAAACACCUACUCUCGUAAUCACACCUAUUUCAAUCCCGACACUGACGCUGAGUUCUGGAAUUUUAGUUGGCACGAAAUUGGCACUAUUGACGUUCCAACGGUUAUAGACUACAUUCUUGAUGUCACAGGGACUGACGGAGUUUACUACAUUGGCUAUUCACAAGGUUCCACAGUUUUUCUGGUUAUGACUUCAAUCAGACCAGAUUAUAACGCAAAGGUCAAAGUUCACAUCGGUUUGGCACCAACAGUAUAUAUGAACAACGUGAGGAGUCCAUUACUUCUAACCAUAGCAUCUUGGAGUGGUAUAUUGGAAAGUUUCUUGAAACUGUUUGGUGUGAAUGAAUUUCUUGCGAGAGAAGGAAUUGGUGGAAAUCUUAUCAAAAUAUUGUGUUCGACAAACAUAGGUGCUUCGCUAUGCGAAAGUAUUUUGUUUUCAUUAUGUGGAUCGAAUCCGUCUCAGUUGAACAGCUCUCUCGUUCCAUUGAUGAUGAGCCACGCCCCUUCUGGGUGUUCCACCAAUCAAGUGUUUCAUUUUCUCCAGUUGAUGCUCAAGGGAGGGUUUGGUCAGUUUGACCUGGGAUUAGAGGGGAAUUUGGAGAAGUACGGUGCAGAGACACCACCGCAAUAUGACCUCAGCAAAAUUACCACACCUGUAUACCUAUUUCAUGGUGCAAAUGAUUAUCUGGCAUCGAAGGCAGACAUCGAUACUCUUCACGAGAAAUUUUCAAGUGGAGUUGCAACCAAAGUGCUGAUGGAGGACAGUAUGUGGGCUCAUAUGGAUUUUGUUUUUGGUAUUAAUGCUUCUGAAGUAGUGUACAGUAAAAUUACUGAUAUUUUUGAAAAACAUUGACAGUUUUUCCUACAAUAACAAAAAUAGUGUGGUUUUGUGGCAAUAAUGUUAUCCAGAUAAAACGAAAUAGAAAAUUACUUCUGUGAUUCACCGUCAGAAGAAUAAAAUAAGUUCCGUGUGUAGUUAUAGUUACAAGGUUAUUGAUGGGCUUGUAAGUUUGAGUUUGUUCAUCUUUGAAAUGUCUGUCACACAAAAUACACGUGCCGUUUGAAUUUUUAAAUAAAUAGGGGUUUGUUCUUGAUAACUUCCAGUUAUUCAUUUCGAUUAAGUGAAAUCACACAUAAAUAUUUGAAUCUUUUA